AAGAGGCUGGGAGAGGGGAGGGGGGAAUGGAAGAAAAGAGGAUCAGUUGUCUAGCCAAAGGAGAAGUGGGCAACAGUUAGGAUACUGAGGCAAGAGCCAGAGGAGAGAACCAGCAGCCACUCAGUAAGAAAGUGAGAGGCAACGGGAGAUUUGGACGUGGGGUGAAAAUGGCACAGCGUCUGCGUUUGUACUUUGGCUCAGGACACAGUAACACAGCCCCGGACAUACUGGAAGGAGACUUUGAGGUGCAGCAGCGAGACGACGAUAGGGUCACGGCACACCUCGUGCAGCCACGUCCAGCAUCGAGGCCUUCCCAGGACUCUGCUACGGAGCACGUCCCGUCGGCGGCUUUUGGUUUCCACUCUGAGCCUUCGCUUAAACGCAGCUCCUCCAUGUUCAUACCCCAGCUUGCCGCCUACACUGAGCCACGUCCUACUAGGAGCUCAUCCAUGCACAUCUCCCUUCAGCGCUCCAAUGGAUCCAGUAAUGGAGAUUCCAGUGGUCAUGCUGAUGAUGUCCCACCACCCUGUUAUACUCCUCCAGGACCUGCGCCUGCCUAUACCGAACCACAGAGUCAAGCUAACUUUCCGCGGCAGUCCCCUCCUCCAUACUACAGCCCUGAUUCUUUAAGUGUGCAAUCUUCUCUGGCGGAGCCAAACCUUCCCAAGCGCAGGGUCUUUAGUAUUGGUUCCAGCAGUCAUUGUACGUAUAACAGACGCCAGCCUGGCAUCAGUGUUGGUGCCAUCUACAUCCAGAGGAAUUCUCCUGACGGCUCUGAUGUCCAGCAUUUCAGAAUCCUUCCCUAUGGCGGUACCGGCUGGUCUGUCCAGCAGCAAAGCCUGGACCAGUCCUCUGGUGUUAAUGGCACAAAGCAGAGGCUAGUGUUUCAGCUCCAGCAAAAUCAGAGCCAGGAUCAGAAGCAGGGCAGACAACCGGAUGAUCCAUCACAAGAACAAUGCACAGAUGCUGGACCCAACAGCUCAAGAGGUUGCCAUAGGGUGCGCUACCCUAGAAUUCGAUUACAUAGAAGCUCGUCUCAUCAGAGGCUGCUGGUGGAAAAUAAUAAUCAGAAAAGUGGUGCAGACAGUCAGACUAUAGACGAGAAUGAAACAGAUGUGGAGACAGAAGCAAGAAACAGACCUGAUGGUUGUACUUUAAACUUUAGUGGGGAAAAUCCCAGAAGGCAGCCACAUUUGAAGAUAUAUUUUACCCCGGGUGGAGGUGGAAAUCAGGAUGUGAGCUUUGGCAAUGAAGCAACGACAAGUAAUUCCAAGACUAGAGAUGAUUUCCUGGGGCAAGUUGAUGUUCCUCUCAGUCAUCUGCCAACAGAGGAUCCUGCCAUGGAGCGGCCCUACACGUUUAAAGACUUCCUGUUGCGGCCAAGAAGUCACAAGUCCAGGGUGAAGGGUUACCUGCGUCUGAAGAUGGCCUAUCUGCCCAAACAAGGAGGUCAUGAGGAGGAGGGGGGAGACAUGAGGGAGGAGGCUGAGGGUUGGGAUGAGUCUGCUGACUCAGGCUCCCAGCGACCCCAGCAGCUGCUGCCUCCUUUGCCUCAAGGCUGGGAGGAAAAAGUGGACAACCUGGGACGCACCUACUACGUAAACCACAACAACCGCACUACACAGUGGAAACGGCCUUCCAACGUAGACGUGAUUUCAGAGAUUGAGAGUGACAAUCAACAGCGGCAAAUCCAUCAGGAAGCCCACCGCGUUUUCCGAUCAAGGCGCCACAUCAGUGAAGACCUGGAGAACGAGCACCUGGAGCCCAGGGACUUGGAUAAUUCUUGGGAGCUCAUCACAGAAGAGGAUAACGACAGCUUGGCUCAAUCUCUGCCCGGUCCCUCCUCCGUUUUGACACCACAGCACACACCAACACCCAUCACCCAGGAGUUCUCAGAAGACUUAAAUCUGAGGCUGUCGCUGACUCCCGAUACAAACGGCGAAGUGCCAGGGCCCAGCUCUGCUUUGAGCCAGCUGUCAAACAGACUCCGUUCCUCAAGUAUGACGGAUGGCGUCAGUGAUCAGGUCCAGGCUCCUCCUCUUACGCAGAGUUCCCAGUCCAGAAGAACGAGAGCUCAAACAGUCUCAGGUGGUGAGGAGCCUAUGUCUCCCUCGUCGACUGCUUACACCUUGACCACCCCUGGCCUGCCCCCUGGAUGGGAGGAGAGGAAGGACGCCAAGGGAAGAACUUAUUACGUCAACCAUAACAACCGCACCACUACAUGGACUAGGCCAGUUGUGCAGCUGACUGAAGAUGGCGCCAGCACCUCAGCAGCAGCAGCAGCAUCAGGAGGAGCCUCAGCUCUGGCACCUGCAUCCACCCCUUCCUCCUCCUCCAAUGCCUCCAACAACCACCUCCAUGAGCCCCAAGUCCGACGACCUCGUAGCCUCAGCUCCCCUACUGUCACCCUUUCCACCCCCUUGGAGGGAGCCAACAACAUUCAGGUACGGAGGGCUGUGAAAGACACACUUUCUAACCCUCAGUCUCCCCAGCCGUCCCCUUACAGCUCCCCAAAGUCGCAACACAAGACCCAGCAGAGCUUCCUGCCCCCAGGAUGGGAGAUGAGAAUAGCUCCAAACGGACGGCCUUUCUUCAUCGACCACAACAGCAGGACCACCACCUGGGAGGAUCCCAGGUUGAAAUAUCCGGUCCAUAUGAGGAAUAAGAACUCAAUGGAGCCUGGUGACCUUGGCCCUCUUCCUCCUGGAUGGGAAGAAAGAGUUCAUACAGACGGACGCACCUUUUACAUCGACCACAAUACAAAGAACACGCAGUGGGAGGACCCGCGUCUACAGAGUCCAGCCAUCACAGGACCCGCGGUUCCCUACUCCAGAGAAUUCAAGCAGAAAUAUGACUACUUCAGAAAGAAAUUAAAGAAACCGGCUGACAUCCCUAAUCGAUUUGAGAUGAAGCUACACAGGAACAACAUCUUUGAAGAGUCUUACCGUCGAAUCAUGUCAUUAAAGAGGCCAGAUGUUUUGAAGGCACGUCUAUGGAUCGAGUUUGAAUCGGAGAAAGGAUUAGACUACGGCGGUGUGGCCAGAGAGUGGUUUUUCCUCUUAUCUAAGGAGAUGUUCAAUCCUUAUUACGGCCUUUUCGAAUACUCUGCCACGGACAACUACACUCUCCAAAUUAAUCCCAACUCUGGCCUAUGCAAUGAGGAUCACCUCUCCUAUUUCAAGUUCAUCGGGCGUGUUGCUGGAAUGGCCGUGUUUCAUGGAAAGCUGCUGGAUGGUUUUUUCAUCCGACCAUUCUAUAAGAUGAUGCUAGGAAAACAGAUCUCUCUUAAAGACAUGGAGUCUGUGGACAGUGAGUACUACAAUUCUCUGAAGUGGAUUCUGGAGAAUGAUCCCACUGAACUGGACUUGAGGUUUUGCAUUGAUGAGGACAAUUUUGGGCAGACCUACCAGGUUGACUUGAAGCCCAGUGGCUCAGACAUGGUGGUCACCAAUGACAACAAGAAGGAAUACAUAGAUCUGGUCAUUCAGUGGAGAUUUGUCAAUCGGGUCCAGAAGCAGAUGAACGCUUUCUUGGAGGGCUUCACUGAGCUCAUUCAAAUAGAUCUGAUCAAGAUCUUUGAUGAAAACGAACUGGAGCUGCUCAUGUGUGGUCUGGGUGACGUUGACGUCAACGACUGGCGACAACACACCGUUUACAAGAAUGGCUACUGUCCCAAUCAUCCCGUCAUACAGUGGUUCUGGAAGGUUGUCCUGCUGAUGGACGCUGAAAAAAGAAUUCGACUCCUCCAGUUUGUCACUGGAACAUCACGAGUGCCCAUGAAUGGUUUUGCUGAGCUUUAUGGUUCUAAUGGUCCUCAGCUGUUCACCAUCGAGCAGUGGGGAACACCAGAUAAGUUGCCAAGAGCUCACACAUGUUUUAACCGCUUGGAUCUACCCACCUAUGAAUCAUUUGAAGACCUGAGAGAGAAGCUCCUGAUGGCCGUCGAGAACGCGCAGGGCUUCGAGGGAGUCGACUAGAACGGCUCCCUCCAACCGCAUCCAACCCGCCAACGAUAAGACAAAAUGAAACGGGGAUGUCAAACCAGCUGCUGUAGCAGUUCUGUGCAAGCAUGUUGUACUGUAAUGCCUGACUGCGAGCCACCUCCACUGCACGGUGGUUCGAGACUGUACAGCGACUUGUCGAGCCAAUAUGCCUACGUCUUUAUAUCUUUUCGGUUUGGGUAGGUCCCUCCUUUUAAGGUGCUGGGGAAAGGAAGGGAGUGUCGCACUGUUUCGAAUGCUGAAUUCUGUUAUCCACAGGCAUGAGCAAUGAAUGACGGGAGCUGGCCCCUGAUCCGCUGUUUCUUCCCCCUCUACCCUCGUCCUGUGAAAAUCUACAGUGCUGGAAAACACCAAUGCAUUUCAAUAGCUCCUUUAUGUACACUAUAGCACAGUAUUUGCACCGUCUUCUACAGAGGGGUGCUUCGCAUGGCCUUAAUCUGGCUUCUACAUGCACUAUUUCUCUAAGAAACUGCAACGGCACUAUGAUCACAACUCUCUCAAAUCCUUAGACCAACACCAGAUUACCUUAGGAAUGCUAGCCAAUCACAUUUCAGGAAAUUGGCCACGCCCCUCCGUAGAGCCUUGUCUGCACUGUGUGAUCAGAGAUCACCAUGCAGCCUUUUUGUAGAAUAAUGUUUUCUUUUUUUUUCAGGCACUAAUAAUGAUUCAAAGAUGGGGGAUGAGUUCCCAGAGAUGGGAAUUUUUUUUUCUCCUUUAAAAAACAAAAAACAAGCAACGUUUUGUCAUCAUGGAACAUGUUUUCUUUUGAACAUUUGGUAUAACUCUUCCAGGAAAGUACUCUCAGUGUAUUUGUACUGAUGAACAAUUGUUCUUUACUAUAUAUGCCAUGGUGUGUGAAGUGAAAGUCUGGCUAGUCUGGGAAAUGAUGAAUCCAUAUCAUUUGUUACAGUGAUAGCAAAUGUGUUUAAUGAAACUGUUUUUAUUGUAGUGCUUUGAGAGCAGCAUGAAACUGUAUCUUGUGUUUGCUACGUAAUAAUUUGGAAGUGUAAUUGAUCUUGAAGUUGGGGAGGGAAAACUUAAAAUUAAGGGGGGGGUAGUUUCUCUGAGACGUCACGAUUACAUUAAUAUUCUCAUGCCUGUUGCUGUUCAUAAUGCUGUAAAUUGUACUUGAGGGGAGAUUUAAAAACAAUUUUAAGUUCUUUCAUGAUUAUAUGAAUUUAUGUAUGUAUUACAUUUAACAGAAGUAUUACUGAUCAACACUAAAAUGAAGCUGUGCGUGUGUGCGCGUGGAUGUUUGAGAGAAAAGCUGUGAUCCCCACUGAAUAUAAAGCAGCACGUUUCUUACAAAGAAAAGAAGUGUUUUCUUUUUUUCUAUCUUGUUUCUCUUUUUCUAACACUAUUGAACCUAAAGGGCACUUUAUAGAUCACUCUGAGGUCAUGUCGCCUGUUAUGUCUCUUGUCAUUUACUUGAAUGUGAUUUCCCCCUCCCCUCCUCUUAUUCAAAGCACUCACUUGGUGCAAUAUGUGGUCUGUAAAUCUGGGCUGCUGCUCCAAAAAGUUGACAGAAAUGAAGCUGAGCCUUCACGUCUUUUAAUAUUCUUUUAUCUCUUCCUUUGUCCCCUUUCUCUACAUUUCCCUCCCUUCUGUUUCUUCCAGUCUAUGAUCCCAACACUCAGACUGACUCAGUACAGUUUUGCUUUUGUUGUUUUUGUUGUUUGUUUGUUUUUUUUAAACAAAUGAGGGUUAAUAUCAUUUUGUUCACAGUUCGCUGACUUCUGCAACUCUUUGUGGUUCAUUUAAUUUCAGUCAAAUAAAAAUCAGACUUCUCACACA